UAGCACGAGGUGAGGAAGAACCCUGAUUUGUGAAACCAUCUUGAAUACGUUCUUGCCGUGGUCCAUUGUUGCCUUGACCUCAGUAGUCUGCUCCACAUCCCAUGUCUGUUUUGGGGCUGCUGAAAUGUUAUUUUCCCCCAAAGUUUCUUAUACGCUCCCCAUCUCUGGCUAGAAGUUAGAAGAUUGAUUCCCUGCUAUGGAAGACUAUGUCUUAACUUCUAAGAUGCUUUCUUUUUCUCUGAGGUCCAGAGCCAUGCCUGCUGGUGUAAGUUGGCCUAAAUACUUGAAAAUCUUUACUGCAACCUUACUGACCAUGCUUGCUGGUGCACAAACCGUCCACAGAUAUUACAAGCCUGACCUUACACUGGAUAUUUCUCCAAAAGCUGGGGAGCUUGGAACAGAAAUGUCGGGUCUAAAAAAUAUGAAUGAGCAAAUUCAACCUUUACAACCACGACCAUAAAAUAAUCUAUGUUGCUUCCCUCCAUAAACUGUUCCUUAUAAUCCGAACCUGUACAACUGGAAAAUCUGGAGUAUUUAAAAGGACUUAUUUUAUACCUGUAUUCGUUAAGAGUCCAAAUACUGCCUCUUCUACAGCCUGUUCCUUUUGUCCACUACAAAAGCAACCUCCUGCUCAGCCAUUACAUUUGUUUCCAUAUCCACUUGCAAAUUUACUUCACUAGUUGGUCUCAUAGUGUGGCAGAUCUUUGCCUUUUUCUACCUUUUCUUAAAAACUUAUUUGCAGGGUAUAUUACACUAUAGAGAAUGCUGGGAUGCCUUUUUGUAUAAGCUGCCCAGAGUUGUGUUUGAGAUGGGCGGGGGAAAAAUAUGCUAAAUAAAAUAAAAUAAAAUAUAGUACAAUUACCAUCUGAAACUGUUUGGAAACAUGCUUUGCUAUAAGACAAUUAAAGUUAUCUGGUUGCAGAUUAGGUUUAGCCUCUGAUACUACCAUCUUGUAAUAGUUUUCUGCAAACUAGGGAUCCUGUGUCAGUUAUAACUUAGCAAUUUCAUUUCAGUGGGCUUGUUCUAGAUGAUUUUGAAUAUUCCCAAU